UUCCGAACUGCAAAUAAUGCAACCGAAAAGUCAGACUCCUCCUGCAAUUGUCAGCGGAAACAUCAUCAUGGAUUAGACAAUUCCGAAAGAGUCCGACAUGUCGGCGCACGCCAGCAACAUCAACCACCCGACCGUCUCAGAAAUUCGAACCCUGCAUUGGAAUUGGAGCCCCUCGACAACUCUCUUCUGAGAGGACAAAAGAAACACCAAUCCGAAGAUCAAGCACAUGGGUUUUCUCACCUUCGCCGCCGCAGGCGGCGGCCUGAUUUUGAUGGGCGCAUACGAGGCCAUUUCUUCCUCAAUCCAAAAACCAAACGCAGAUUCAGAUUCGGAUUCAUCUCCGCCGUCGCCGCCUCAAGCUCCGAUUCGUCCCCCGCCGCCGCAGUCUAAAGCGAAAACGCAGUCUCGAUCAUCGUCGAUUUAUUACCUCGCCGCCGCCGUUAUUUCGUUGCUGUUCAUCUUGAACUCUUUGGUUUCUUUCUUUGAUGCGCUCGACUCAGCCGACGGAGUCGGGUCAGCUAUGCAGUUGCAAGUCCUGGCGGUCGCAUCGCUGUUCUUGCUGUACGCGAUUACGGGUCUUCUGGUAAAAUUCACGAAUUCAGCUUUACCUUGUUCGUUGCUUAGUUUGGUCGGUCUUUUCGCAUUCGUUGAAGAGUUUUUAAUGUUUUACCUGCAAAGAAAAGACACUUUCGGAAUCGAAAAUCGGUACUUUGAUCUGUUGCUUGUGCCUAUUGCUGUGUGUAUAUUUUCUACAAUGCUUGAAUUCAACAACCCCAAAUCGAAUUAUCCGAAAUUGGCUCGUGGGGUUGGGCUGGUUCUGCAAGGAAUGUGGUUUCUGCAAAUGGGUAUUUCUUUGUACACCGGCUUCAUGGCGCACGGAUGCUCGUUGCACGAAAAGAGUAGAGGGAAUUACACAGUGAAAUGUAAGGGGCACCCUGAGUAUCACAGGGCUAGAGCCAUCGUCACGCUUCAAUUUAACUGCCAUCUUGCUUUUACGGUGGUUAUGGUUGUGGGAGUGUACUCGAUUAUCAGUAGGAAGAGUGGCGGAGUUCGCGUUGAUGUUUCUCACUAUAAGCCGCUUGGCACAGAAGUACAUCAGUUUGAUAAUCAAAGCCGGUUUACUUUGGAUUCUGAUGAGGAUGAUGAGAUUAAAGAGGAGGGGAAUUUGGCAAUGCAGAAAGCCGGCGAAGUGGAAUUGGGCGUGAACGGUUAUGGUUCUCAUAAGUGAGGUUCUUCAUACGGAGGACGCAUAGGAAUUUUAUGUAUUUGGGUGCCUUAAGCUGGAAGAUUGCAUAGGAGCAGGUUCAAUAUGUAACUUUCAUGCUUAGCCAACAAGUUUCCGAAUUGCCGAUUCAGAAGGACCUUAGGAACUCCACAUUGUAGAUUGAUUUUCUUCAAUUGCCUGGAUUUUCUUGAAGACUUCUUUCAUACUCUGCGCUGUAAUCGGAGUAGCGUGAACAUAGUUGGGCUCGGGAGUCUGUUACUCGCAGAAUGAGGACUCUAUGGAUCUACGGACGCAAAUUUGCGCCUUGUGCAAGCAUGCCCGACUCCAAGAAAUCGAAUGUACCCUUAUGCAAGUGUGUCCGACUCCAAGAAAAUGCAAAUAAGGUGCAACCUUACUGAACUCAGUGUUAAGACCCUCUCUACGUCUUCCUCAAUUGCACUGUAAAAGUAACUCUUUAUUACACAAAUGACAACUUUACAACUGA